CAGAUAUGUAAUCUGUAAUGCUUGCAAGAAAGACAUUUGUUACAAACAGAAGGGCACCGAUUUUUUUUAUGGUUUACGUUCUGGACAACAUUCUCAUCUCCAUUGGUCUGACACAACAAGAUUGUGAAGUCAAAACUACAUAGAUGGCAAUUUGUGUGCUGCUGUUGGAGUGUGGUGAAAAUGUAUAUUCAAUGGGGCUUGGAAGUCAAAAUUUUGCUUAGAGAGUUGCUUGUUUCCAUUCGUUUCAAUGAGCCUGGAUGGCAGUGGUCAGGUAGCUUCCUUCCUGAUUUCCUAGGAGAUACACAAGUCAAAAUGCUCAAUUAUGCCUCUGGUGCACUAAACAUGGUUCGAGCUGAAGUACAGAAUGCUGAUUUAGCCAUUCAUGAUAACAUGACAAGGAGCUCUGAUGGAAAUUCCAUGACACAAUUAAUUCUUCUAUCUGAUGACGAAACUGGGUUUAUGCCAUACAGGAUAGACAAUUUUUCAAUGGAGAGGCUGCGAAUUUACCAGCAACGAUGUGAAAACUUUGAAACCUCUGUGAAUCCUUACACUUCUUGCCAAUAUGCAUGGGAUGAACCUUGCUAUCCUCAUCGUCUUGUUGUUGAGGUGCCUGGUGAGCGCAUUUUGGGUACAUACUGUCUUGAUGAUACCAGAGAAUAUAUGCCCAUUUUCCUUCCCUCAACAUCUGAUAAACCUGAUAGAAGAUUUCAUAUCUCGAUAACUGCUGAAGGAGCAAUUAAGGUCUUCAGCAUUGUUGAUUUAAAUUGCCAUGUAGUGAAAGAUGUGAAGGAGACUGGGCUUUUUGGAUUGAAGGAAAAGAAGGAAGUUAAUCAGAAGCGACGGUGUAAUGAUGAUUUCAGUGAGAUGAUUACAUUGCAUCUGCCUUUUGUUGGAGUUUCUUUGAUGAACUCAUCCCCACAGGAAUUGGUUUUUGCAUCUAUGAAGGAUACAACCAUUCUUUUGUUCCAGAGUUUGGAUCAGCAGAAGUUUUUGUUCCAGAUAUUAUCCCUGCAAAUCGAUAAUCAGUUGCCUGAUACCCCAUACCCUAUCACAUUAUCCUUUGAUAAUGAACUUAGGGGAAGAUCUUCCAGCUAUUUAAAAAGUAAAGAACAUUUGGUUAGAGUCCAGAAUGCCAAUAUAUCAUGUGAUAGUGCAUUGGAGUCUGUCUUUCAUUUGGCAGCUGCAAGAUGGAGGAAGCCAGAUCCUUCUUUGAUUUCCUUUGAAUAUGUGAAUUUAUGGUUGGCUCCCCUAUGCAUUGAGUUUGAUGAGCAAAUUCUUUCAAGCUUACUUGAAUUCUUCAGGACAAUAUCAUCUAGAUUGCUGAGUCAGACCAUUCAAAAUGAUUUUCAACUGCACACUCUAGAAUAUGGCACAUCAUCCAUAAAACAAUUCCUUCCAACUGUCCUUGAUUAUCAGAAUGGGCAAUAUAGCUUGUCAGGAAUUUCAAAGUGCUUGGAAACUAAGAGUACUAUAUCAUUACCUUCAGUAGCUCCAAUUGGAGCUCCAUGGCAACAAAUUUAUCUGUUUGCUAGGAAGCAGAAGAAGAUAUAUGUUGAGUUUUUUGAGUUGGCUCCUAUCAAGUUGUCUAUAAGCUUUUCAAGCACUCCAUGGAUGGUGAGGAAUGACACUCGUGCAGAAACAGAAACUUUUAUCCGCAUAAGUGGUGCAAGUUUUCAGAGAGGUCUCAUGGCACUCAUUGAUGUCGAGGGUGUACCAGUUCAUCUUAGACAACUGACUCUGGAGCAUCUUAUGGCUAGCAAGGAGUCAAUCCAGGAAAUUCUUACAAGGCAUUACACUAGACAGCUGCUUCAUGAAAUUUACAAGGUAUUUGGCUCUGCUGGUGUUAUUGGAAAUCCAAUGGGUUUUGCAAGAAAUGUUGGAGUUGGUAUCAAGGAUUUUCUCUCAGUUUCUAGCAAAGGAAUUGUGCAGAGCCCUAGUGGUCUCUUUACUGGCAUAGCACAAGGAUCAAAAAGCCUCCUUAGUAAUACAGUUUACGCUAUUAGUAGUGCUACUACUCAGUUCAGUAAAGCUGCUCACAAGGGUAUUGUUGCCUUCACAUUUGAUGAACAUACAACCAACAUGGAUGGGCAGCGGAAGGGUUCAGAUUCUGGCAACAAAGGUCUAGUAAAUGAAUUCUUGGAGGGCCUCACAGGAUUACUCCAAUCCCCAAUCAAAGGCGCUGAAAAGCAUGGGCUUCCUGGUGUUCUUUCAGGAAUUGCAAUGGGUACUGCUGGACUCGUGGCAAGACCGAUGGCUAGCAUUUUUGAAGCCAUGGGCAAAGCAGCGCAGAGCAUCAGAAACCGAAGCAGCCCCCACCAAGCUAACCGCUUCCGAGUCCGGCUUGCAAGGCCUCUAUCGAGGGAACUUCCUUUAUCGCCGUAUUCCUGGGAAGAAGCUAUUGGAGUAUCAGCUCUAUUACAAGCAGAUGAAUCAAGGCUUAAGGAUGAGAGAUUCAUAAUGUGCAAGGAACUCAAACAGGAAGGGAAAUUCAUUGUCAUCACUGAUCGACUAUUCGUGGUUGUAUGGUGCGCCCAGUUGGUUGGUUUUCGUUCUCCAGAGUUUGUUGGUGUCGCCACUGACCCAGGGUGGGUGAUCGAAACUGAGAUGAACCUGGAGAGUGUUGUUCAUAUAGAUAGGGAAGAGAACACAGUGAAUAUUGUGGGAAGCAAUCUGUCGUCUAAACAGACCAAAGGCAGCGCGAAUAAGAAUCGAAGAUGGAGCCCUCCUCCAUCCUCACCCCUUUUCCAAGUUAGUGUGGAUCUUCCAAAUGAGGAAGAAGCAAUGGGAGUUCUACAGCUUUUAGUAUCUGCCAUCGAACAAGGCCGGGAGCUGAGGCGGGGUGUGCACAUCUUAGAGCGAAGCAAUCUAAGAUGGAAGGAUCUAGUGUGAAUGAUUCAUUUUUAUUGACGGAAAUGCCAGUGUUUUUCAAUUCAGUAUGCAGCACUAUCUUUCACUGUGAUAGACCACACACCCACACAAAGGGAUCUUUCUUUCAACCUGCAUAUUUGUGUAGAUAUAUAGCCUAAAGGAAAGUAGCCGUAAAACAUUAACUCGUAGUUUGUUGUAAGCGAGAGGAAGACUAUGUUUUUCCAUACAUGAUUUAUCACUGUAAAGCUUUUGUUCUCUUCUUCUUUUCUUAUAUGAUGAGCAAUAUCACA